GAGGGGAAAAAUAAAACCGUCUUUUUCCACACUUCAACUUCAUUGAUGGCUGCUUCUUUUCCAUCAGACCCUCAUCACCAAUGUUGGAAUUAUGACUUAUUCUUGAGCUUCAGAGGUGAAGGCAUCCGCAAUAAUUUUCUGGGUCAUCUUUAUUCUACUUUAAACCAGGUGGGAUUGAGGACUUAUAAAGAUGACAACGAGCUCACAAGAGGAAGUGGCAUUGUCCCUAAGCAACUGAGGACUUCAACAGUGUUGGACUGCGAAGCUGCCGAAACAUUGGCGCCGUCUGUGGGAAGUACCAGUUCGAGCACUAGGGAUGAUGGUGGCGACCAUCCUAUUGCGUCUUCUAGCAGCUUGUUUACUGAAGAGACACCCAGCCGUGAAGAAGGGAUGGGAGAUGUGGUGAGCAGUGUCUCAGAUCGGCUGGUGGUUGGGGAAUGGGAAGGCAUGACAAUCCCGAGCAGGUUGAGUAACCUACGAAAAGCACCGAAGGACCUGCCUGCUGGAUUCAGGUUCAAGGCUGUACUUCAUCACAAAGUAGCAAACUGUGUGCCCUCCAUAAGUGGGUAUAAAAGACUCGAAGAGAUGGUGAGGGCGUACCACAUCCCCAAGACCAUAUUGCUGCCGACAGGCGGGCAGAAUGAAAGGGCGUGCAUAGUGUCGCAAACGGGUUGGAUACCAGUGUACGCGGACCACUUUGACGCCGGCCUGCGGUUUCCCUUGCCCGGCCUGAUAUUCGAUCUGCUCGCAGAUUACGAGCUGGCGCUGACGCAGCUAACGCCCAACAGCAUAAGGUUCAUCAUAGGCUUUAUGCUGUUGUGCGCGAGAUUGGAGGUGCCAGCUAAAGCGAUAGUGUUCAGGUCGCUAUUCCAGUGCCGGUUGUGUCCGAACUCACGAGGAGCGAAGUGGUACUACCUCUCUGGGAGGGAUAAGAGCCAGCUCUUCAAAAAUAGGGAGGGUCUAAUAGAUCUAGAAGCCCUGGUUACCUCGAAGCAUCUCGCCGUGUUCGGAUUUGUCGAUGUGACAAACCUGUUCAGUGAAGACAUGAGCAGCAUCUUGGAACGCCAACGACAGCGAGCCCAAGGCUCACGAGGUCGUGCGUCGCGCAGCGCGCAACCCAGGCAGACAAGGUUUGACGAGCGGCCACCCCCGGCGCCUCAAUCACGCGGCUCAUCUCACCGGGGAUCCAGCUCGUCGUCAAGGCCACGAGCCGAUCACAGGGCUGAGGUUACGGCCCCUGGUGCACGCAGACGUGCACGUGAGGAGAUAGAGAGCGAGGAGGAUGAGGUCCCCCUUGCUCGGUGCAGAAUAAGAGGGGGGACCCAGCCCGCGCAGGCGGCGCGUCCAACAACCGUGCGUUCACCCGCUGCACCGCCAGCGACUGCGCGGGCAGUAAACGAUCUACACUUGUGCCCUAUACUGUCACAUCAGCUCGCCAUUGCGAGCACACCUACCAAGGACAUGUUGGGGCAGAUUGUUCUACCCUUUUUCUUCCAUGUGGAUACCUCAGAUGUUCGCAAACAGAGGGGGAGCUUUGGCAAAGCAUUUGCUCGUGCUCAUCACCAGAAGGUUACCGUGGACAAAGUAGAAAAGUGGAAGACUGCUCUGACCAAUGCUGCCAAUCUCUCUGGAUUUGAUCUACAGAGUGUCAACGGGUAAUCUAGUCAUCUAUUCCCUUGCUUGAAUGAUUAUUUGGAUAGAUUUCUUCUUUUGUUGCUAAAUUCAUUCUCAUUGUUUUUUAGUACUAUUUUUUGAGCCAUUUUGGACUAAAAAAACCUAUUCUCA